UCCUUUUCGAUCUGUGCGGCUUAUUGUGUGUCGUAGCAGAACUACUGGUUCCCUUGAAAAAUAUUUCUGUAGGCCGCAAUAUCUGGCCGAAUAGACCUUCAAAAUGGGAAUAAAAUUUCUCGAAGUACUACGUCCAUUCAUUUCCGUUCUACCCGAAGUCUCUAAACCCGAAAGAAAGAUCCAAUUCAGAGAAAAAGUAUUAUGGACAGCAAUUACACUUUUUAUUUUCCUCGUUUGUUGUCAGAUUCCCCUCUUUGGAAUCAUGUCUUCAGAUUCAGCAGAUCCAUUUUACUGGAUGAGAGUAAUUCUGGCUUCUAAUAGAGGGACACUUAUGGAACUUGGUAUUUCACCAAUUGUUACAUCAGGUCUUAUUAUGCAGCUCUUGGCUGGUUCCAAAAUCAUUGAAGUAGGAGAUACACCAAAGGACAGAGCAUUGUUCAAUGGAGCUCAAAAGUUGUUCGGGAUGAUCAUUACUAUUGGCCAAGCUGUAGUAUAUGUAAUGACUGGAAUGUAUGGAGACCCAUCUGAUCUUGGACCUGGUAUCUGCCUUCUCAUCAUCAUCCAGCUUUUCUGUGCUGGUUUGAUUGUUUUACUGUUGGAUGAGCUGCUUCAGAAGGGUUAUGGACUUGGAUCUGGUAUUUCAUUAUUUAUUGCAACCAACAUUUGUGAAACCAUUGUCUGGAAGGCYUUCAGUCCAGCUACUAUCAACACAGGCAGAGGUACUGAGUUUGAAGGUGCCAUCAUUGCCUUGUUUCAUCUUUUGGCYACAAGGACUGACAAAGUCAGAGGUCUGAGAGAAGCUUUCUAUAGGCAAAACCUUCCCAAUUUGAUGAACCUGAUGGCUACUAUCUUUGUCUUUGGAAUUGUAAUUUACUUCCAGGGUUUCAGAGUCGACUUGCCAAUCAAAUCWGCCAGAUACCGUGGUCAGUACAGCUCAUACCCAAUCAAGCUCUUCUACACCUCAAACAUUCCCAUCAUCCUCCAGAGUGCUUUGGUAUCCAAUAUCUAUGUUAUCUCACAAAUGUUGUCUGCAAAGUUUGCUGGAAAUUUUAUUGUUAACCUUUUGGGRACUUGGGCAGAUGCUGGYGGUGGGCCAGCUAGGUCAUACCCAGUUGGUGGACUCUGUUACUACAUGUCACCACCUGAGACUGUYGGCCAUAUAGUAGAGGAUCCCGUUCAUGCUCUAGUGUACAUUAUUUUCAUGCUGGGAUCAUGCGCCUUCUUCUCCAAGACAUGGAUUGAUGUCUCUGGCUCCUCUGCUAAGGAUGUUGCUAAGCAACUCAAAGAGCAACAGAUGGUCAUGCGUGGCCACAGAGACAAGUCAAUGGUUCAYGAACUCAACAGAUACAUUCCUACAGCAGCUGCUUUUGGUGGUCUUUGUAUUGGUGCCUUGUCUGUCCUUGCUGACUUCCUUGGUGCCAUUGGUUCUGGAACUGGUAUUUUGCUUGCUGUUACAAUUAUUUACCAGUAUUUUGAAAUAUUCGUCAAGGAACAGAGUGAAAUGGGAGGCGUGGGAGCUCUUCUAUUCUAGUUUCCUUCAUUUYCUUCAUUUUGUCAUCAUUUGGUGUACUUAUUACAUUAUUUGCAUAGGUAAUAUACUCAAAUUGACAAAUUGAAAAAUAUGUAGGUAUUUAAUUUUUUAUUAUAAAAUUUCAACACUGUUCCUAUACCAAGAGAUUUGUGUACGAAUAAAGCUUUAAUUUUCAUGAAGCUGUYGAAAAUAUCUGCUCUUGCAAUCCCAUUGUGUAUCUGUCAUUCAUACAACUGGGAUUUGUGUUUCAUCGUGUUUUUACUUUACUCUGGCAAUUUGUGUACAUGUAAGAAAAUGUAUAGUGUUCAUCAAYACAUAUAUGUACAUAUAAUGCAUAAUAUAUCCGCUGAUCGAAAACAAUGAACUCUCUUAUGUCUUUUAAGAUGUGGGUAAUGACCAUACUACAUUUGUCAACCAGUUAAUGUCUGUUUAGAGUAUUUUAGAUAUUUUAGAGACUGUUUGUGUGUCAUGAACUGUUAUAAAUAUAUAAUAAAGUAUAAAUCCUUUGGAAGCAUU